AUGAAGUGUAUAGUUUGUAUUCUUUUGCUGGCCUCAGCGGUGCAGGCGCUCUCUCUCAGGAGAAGGCAAGCUGCGUGUCCGCAGGUUUGCGCCGCGUCCCGCUGUCCCCCUCCUCCGCACUCCUGCUAUUACGGCACGGCGCUGGACAUCUGUGGCUGUUGCGCAAUCUGUGCGGCGGGAGAGGGUGAGCCAUGCGGGUCGUCCGGCAGCGCGGCUUGUGGCGACGGGCUCACGUGCGACUCCACGCAGCGGAAUAAGCGCGAGCCCGGCGGUCACUGCAUCUGCACCGCGACGCACCCGGUGUGCGGGAGCGACGGGCGGACCUACCCCAGUGUCUGUCGCCUGACAGCGGAGAAUAAACGCGCCGACCUCAGCGGGACUCUCCCGGUCAUUCUGGUCCACAAGGGUCCAUGUCGUUCCGAUACUCAACACCAAGGAAGUAUUCGCUACAAGUUCAACUUCAUUGCAGAUGUGGUGGAUAAGAUUGCUCCAGCGGUGGUACACCUGGAACUUUUCAGAAGAUUACCAUUUUCUAAUGAGGAGGUCCUGGUGUCAAGCGGUUCAGGGUUCAUCGUGUCGGAGGACGGCUGGAUUGUCACCAAUGCACACGUGCUCAACAACAAGCAGCGGACUAAAGUGGAGUUGAAAAGCGGUGAACAGUUUGAUGCCACGGUCAAGGACAUGGACCAGAAGCUGGACGUUGCACUCAUCAAAAUUGAGUCAAACACUCCCUUGCCAGUGCUCCAUCUCGGGCAGUCUUCUGACCUUCGCCCAGGGGAGUUUGUGGUGGCAGUUGGAAGCCCCUUCUCUCUCCAGAACACCGUCACCACCGGCAUCAUCAGCACGGCCCAGCGCAACGGCACGGAGCUUGGCUUCAGAGACUCAGACAUGGAGUACAUUCAAACUGACGCCAUCAUCAAUUAUGGAAACUCGGGGGGACCGCUUGUUAACUUGGAUGGGGAAGUAAUUGGCAUAAACACUCUAAAAGUCACCGCAGGGAUCUCUUUUGCCAUUCCAGUUGACAGGAUACGCCAGUUCCUCGCCGAGUCACACCACAGACAAAUCCAGGGAAAGACGGAGCCCAAAAAGAAAUUCCUAGGCGUCCGCAUGCUGCAGCUCUCACAAUCUUUGAUCAAUCAUCUCAAGGAGCGAGAGAGUGACUUUCCCGAUGUGACUUCCGGGGUGUAUGUUUAUGAGGUAAUCCCUGGAGCAGCUGCCUUCAGCGGCGGCAUGGUUGAUCACGAUGUGAUCAUUGACAUCAACGGACAGCCAGUUCACACUCUGCAGGACGUGAGUGAAGCUGUGCAGACCGGCGCGGCUCUUACUGUGGCGGUGCGGCGGAAAGAUGGAGAUGUCAUCCUGACUAUCACUCCCGAGGAGAUUGAUUGAUAGACGAACUGUUUUUAAUAAACGGCGGUCAUUAAGAUGAAGCAAAUGAGUGCUGUCACUCUGUAUAUUCACUGGUAAUCACUCCUAAUGACAGAGUACGUGGAGUUUUCUGAGCAAACAGCACUGCAAUCUUUCCCCCCGAACUGGUGUAAACAGAACUAUCUUUUAUGUAACUUGGGUAUUGAUGUGGGUUUGGGAAUGAACAGGUCACUUAUAUCAGUGGUUCUCAAACUUUUUCGCAUCAAGGACCCUUAAACUGACACAAACUAGACCACUGACCCCCAUUUGAUGAGAGUUUGUCCCAGGGUCCCCUAUCUGAAGAGAUUUUUGCUUUUAGAUCUUUUGUUACACAAAGUCUAUGAAACCCAUGACCAAAAUAGUCAUACAUUGUCAUUGUGUUAUUCAUGGAUGGCGUUAUAGUGGAAAUAAAUUAUUCCCCUUUUUGCUGGGGACCCCCUGGAACCCCCGGAGGUCCCCCAGACCCCACUUUGAGAACCACGGACUCAUAUGAUGCAACUACGUGAUGUGCAUUUGCCUUCAUUUGCUGUUGGUGAAGA